AUGGGGAUGGGAGUUUGGAUAUCGAUAUUGCUGGGUUGCUACGCGGGAGCAUGGCUGAUUGCAGCGCCUGUAGCAGGCUACUUGACCGAUCACUUCGCCACCCGACGUAUUACUUUUGUCUCCGCACUUCUCGCCCUAGGCGGUGCCACUGUGCUCCUCUGCCUCGGUUCUUCACUCACAGUGUUUGUACUAGGACGGGUCUUGCAAGGGAUAUCUAGUGCCUUCACCUGGACCGCAGGAAUCACCCUUGCAGUAGAUACUGUGGGCAAGCACGAGGUCGGAAAAACAAUGGGCAUUUGCAGCCUGGGCAUGAACUUGGCUAUGCUGCUCGCGCCUUUGGUCGGAGGCGUGAUAUUCGAAAAUAGCGGUUACUACUCGGUCUUCGGGAUUGCUUUUGGUCUCAUCUUCUUGGAUAUGCUAUGGAGAUUGACACUGAUAGAAUGUGAGGUGGCCAGGUCAUGGUCCGGCCCCGACAAGGAGGAGUACUGGACUAUGGCCUAUGGUAAUAAUGGAACUCCAAGCAUCAUUCCAUCACCAAUACGAAUGGACAUUCCCGAUUUGGAGCCUCUCCUGAUCAACGAAGAACGGGACUCGAACAACGGCUCCUCCCCGGACAGAGGUCAAGAUGAUACUACGGGAUGGCUAGCUAACGUCUUAGAGAAAUUCGCUCUACAACUAGCGAUACUUCGAGACCACCGACUUCAAGCCGCCCUCGGGGCAAGUUUUGUACAGAUCACCCUACUCGCCUCUUUAGAUGCUGUACUCCCGCUCUUUGUCCACCGCGUGUUCUCCUGGGGUGCCAACGGCGCAGGACUUAUCUUCAUUCCUGUUGUUGUCCCGACGUUCCUGGCUCCGUGGGUAGGACAUUACACUGACAAAUAUGGGCCGAAAUGGUUCGUCAGUGCUGGCUUCCUUGCCGCAUGCCCGGUGUUGAUCCUUUUUCGAUUUGUAACCAACGCUACCACGGGCCAUAUUGUGCUCCUGUGCGUUCUUCUUGCCCUUAUGAGUCUAGGACUCGCACUGGCUGGCGCACCUCUCAUGGCGGAAAUCACAUAUGCCAUGGAGUCGAAGGAGCGCCAUCAUCCGGGUAUCUUCGGUCCGAGAGGCGCCACUGCCCAGGCAUACGCUCUCUAUUCCGUGUCACUGGCUGGUGGGCUUCUGGUGGGGCCACUCUGGGCUGGACUGGUGGAAAAGAAGGCCGGGUGGAGCACGAUGUCCUGGACACUUGGCCUGCUGAGCGUAGCGACAACCAUACCGACCUUGAUUUUUACCGGGGGUUCGUUGAAUUUAGGCAUACAUGGUGGCCGUCAAUUCACACGAACUUGA